GGAAAAGCAGGAAACAUUCACCGUCUCUUUCCUGCCACGUCUGAGCCCCCGGUUCGGUCCCAGCCGUCACUUUCUCCGGAGGCUCAGGUGAAAGCAAGACGAGCUGCGGGGACAGACGGCUGAAUUAAUUAACGGUCCACCAUGCUGUCCAGGCUGGCAUUUGGCCUCCUACUUUCUCUGCAUGUUCUCCUGGUACUGAGCGGCACCACUAAUUCAUCAAAGAGCCCCUUUCCCCCAGCCAGCCCCUCUGUUCCUUCUCUCCUAAAUGACCCAAGCUGGGCUCUGGGUGUGCGCCUUUACAAGGCCCUACGCUCUGAUUCCAGCUCUGUAAACGCAUUGUUCUCCCCUCUCCUCUUGGCCUCCUCACUUGGAGCCUUGGCUGAAAGCUCGGUGGGUAAAACUGCUGACCAGAUUCAAGAUCUUCUCAAGACGCCAUCCAAGGCCAAAAGAAAGGUUGGGGAUGUACUCUCUGUGGCGUUGAAGAGCUUCGUCGAAGCUAAUGGGACCAGCUUCCAGAUGCAUACAUCCUCUUCUGUGUUCACUAAGCAGGCUCCUGCCCUCAGUCACACUUUUACAAAGCAGAGCCAGAGCAGGUUCAGGCUGCAGCACCAGACGCUGGGGAAAGGGGACUUCAAGGCUGACCUGAAGCAGCUUCAUGACUGGGCUAAGGCUGUGCUCAGUGAGAAGAAAGGAGCUCCUUUGGAGGCAGAAAUUAAGGCUAAAGCUGGAGCCAUGAUCCUGGCGAAUGCUCUUCACUUCAAAGGGCUAUGGGAAAGGAAGUUGAGCGAGGAAAGCACUGAUCAUCGCACCUUCUUGGGGAAGAAAUACACCAAAGUGAUUAUGAUGCACAGAGCAGGUCUGUACCACUUACAUGAAGACAUUGACAACAUGGUGCAGGUUCUUGAGGCGCCUCUGUGGGGAGGCAAGGCCAGCCUCAUCCUCCUGAUGCCCUUUCAUGUAGAAAAUCUGGCCAGGCUGGACAAGCUGCUGACCCUGGAGCUGCUGUCAAAGUGGCUGGAGAGCACAGUGGUAACCAGUGUGGCUGUCUCACUGCCCAAGGCAAACAUCACUAGCACGCUCAGUCUGCAGAAGCAGCUGUCUGCUUUGGGCUUGACCGACGUCUGGGACCAGAAGGCAGCCGACUUCUCCGGGGUGGCCGAGAAGAGCAAAGGGAAGCUUCACCUCGGCGGCGUCCUCCACUGGACUUCCUUGGUGCUGGGUCCCAAGGCCGGUAAAGAGGAAGCAGAUGUAGAGGAGGAGAACAUAGAGCAGCCCAAGGUGUUCUACGCCGACCAUCCGUUCAUCAUCUUUGUUAGACAUAACAGCACUGGAGCCCUGCUUCUGGUGGGCGCUCUGGACCAUGCAGAGGGAGAGCUCCUACAUGAUGAAUUGUAGCAUCUCUUCUUACCCCCUGUCUUUACUCAUUUCUUCCCUGGUCCCUCUCCGAGACAGCUUGCUGGUUUCUGAGUGCAGACAUUGUCAUUCAGUGUGGCAUACGUUCACAUCAUACUGUCAUACACUGACACCACCAUAGUCUUUUGGCUGACUGACACCGACAUUUACACUGUCACGCACACACAGAGCUACACCUACACUGCAUGUAUAAAUGAUAACUCUGUACAAGACAUUACUGAAGUUGAUGGAUACAGCAUAAACCUCCAUCUCAGAGAAAGUCCAUGGCAUCUUUUUUUUUUCUUCCAACAUCUGCACCCACACAGAAACUUUCAGAGACUGAUCAAGUCAACAGAAACUAGAAACAAGGCCGCUGUAGCAAAGAACCGCCAUGCUGACAUAUCGAGAAGUGGCUGAGGAGACAGCAUUUAAAAAGAAGCUUUGUUUAUCUGAUAAACACCAGGGCAGGAUCAGGAGUGACACCGUGGUCGCUCUCUGAGCUGCCAGAUGUCUACGACAGGGUCUUUUGAGGGCCAUCAUAAGAAGACUGAUGGUUCAACAAGUGCUUAUUGAUGAGGAUGAGCCAGCGUAAUACUAAUGACUGUAAUGUGUCACAGCUUGUCAACAAUGUGGAGAAGAUGCGGAACCUUUUAAUCUUUUUAAGCCAUCGCUGAUCCGUGAUAACGUUCUAUUACUGGAAACAAACUUGAUUGACGUUGCUUGACUUAAAUGUAACAACUCCAUGUUCAAUAAUUUCAAGAGGCCAAUGAGUUAUUGAUGGGUGCGGUUUUUUGACUAAAUAAUCCAAAAUCAAUUA